AUGCAGCUUGAUCUGGGAGUCUUCAGACACGCAAGUGUAAUCAUGGUGAAGCUCCAAGCCACUCGACAUACGCAGCCUUGGUUCUCCCCUGCGAAGCGUUGGGAGGCGCAUACUAAACAUGCUGCAGAGCUCUGCGCUCUCCUAGUCAACGAUCUUUUUGGCGAACUUCCAUCCCGCAUUCUGGUCGCCCUCCUCACCAAGGGCCGAUGCACAAUUUCGCAGCUCGUUCAGCACACGUCACUUGGCCCGCGACAUCUUCGAAAUGGUCUUGGUGUUUUAAUUCAGCAAAAUCUUCUUUACCACUAUACCGACCCCGAUACGAGAGCAACACACUACGAGGCCAACUCGGAUGCCUGCUACAACCUCGUGCGAUCGGGCAGGAUACUCGAGGUCAUCAAUAGCCAAUACGGCAACGCAGAGAGAGAUUUGGUUCAGACUUUGAUGCAGCUUGGAUAUGCGAGAAUCGCGGAUCUGACCCAUGCAUUCGCCUCCCGAGCUCCAAAGACCAAUGGACAUACAAAUGGAUCUCAUGAGUCAUCCUCCGGGUUGAUCGAAUCUAAACACCACCUCAACUCGGCAUUGUCACGAUUGAUACAGGCAGAAAUAUUGGAAACAGUUCGCCCAGAGAGCUUCCGCAACCCCGCCGAGGUGUAUCGCGAAAUCGAAGCUGAGGUCACCAAAACGGCCCCAGGAGAAAAGGCAAGCAAGAACAAAAUAGAGCAGCACAUGCAGAUUGUGGAUCGCUUCAAAACCUUUCGCGAUCAGAACAAAUCGCUCAAGCGGCAUCUCGACCAGUUUUCUGGACCUUCUACGAAACGAAGGAGGUUACAAAAUGGCUCCAGUCAUUCUGCAGACCCAUUUGACGAUGACCAUGACUUAAAUCCAAAUGUAGUGGUUCGAGUCAAUCAUGAAAAAUGCUUAGUCGAGCUUCGCAAUCAACGACUGGCUGAAUUUGCCGCUGAUGCUCUUGGCGAGGUGACGGGCCACAUCUACCGCUCCGUCUUGGAAUUGCUCACAGGAAAGGUCUCAAGAUGUCGGGCAGACCCUUUGGUUGGCGAAGAGAAUAAAGGACCCCAGCCAAGUGUCACAACGCUGCAAAUAUACGAAAACCUGAGUGAUGAAGUUAAAGUCCUUGGCGGAAUUGGAAAGGCGCCUAGAGACAAAAUAGAUUUUGACAGCGCUGAGAAGAUCAGAUCGGGACCUUAUGCCUACGACAGCGACUCGGAGGAAGAAGAGGAAGACGGACCGGAUGUGAGGCCUACCCCUCUUCCACGGGGGCGAAUGGCCAGAGCAGCAGCAGCAGCGGCGGCCGCAGCCAAGGAAAGCGAGGACGAUGCGUCAGAGGACGAUGAUGAUGCCCAAGGAAACCAUACGCAAACCAACGGUGACAGACCAACAAAGGUGAAAUUUGAAGAUGGUGCUACGUCAAAAGACAGUCGCCUGGACCAAAUGCGCCAACAUCUGCUAUUGCUAGCCGAGAGUAAGCACCGUUUUGUACGGCAUUGCGGAACUCAUGGCCGUGGUCAGUGGACUGUGGAUUUUGAGCUCUUGAUGGACAGGCUUCGCGAGUCGGAACUUGAUGCAUACAUUGAGCAGUCCUUUGGACGCCACGGCCUCCGUCUGACUCGGAUUCUACGGGAGAAGGGCAAGUUGGACGAGAAGAUGCUUCCGUCGGCUGCCCUUAUGAAGAAAGGGGACGUCCAAGGAAAAAUGCUUGCCAUGCAAAUGGCGGGGUUGGUGGAUGUCCAGGAAGUACCCAAGGACAACAGCAGGCUGGCAAACCGAACCCUAUUUUUCUGGUUUUUUGACGGUGAACGAACACAGUCGCAAUUGCUGGAUGAUGUCUACAAGGGAAUGCUGCGAUGCCUGCAAACACUGGACGUUGAGCGGCACAAGGAGCGCAAUAUCCUUACAUUCGUGGAAAGAAAGGACGUCAAGGGAAAGGAGGAAGAAGUGAUGACGGCGGAGCACUACAAUAAAUACAACCGGCAUCUGGAAGACCAGCAAAAACUCCUGGGCCAGGUGAUGCGUCUCGAUGACAUGGUUGCAGUAUUUAGAGAUUAUUGA